CUGUUCGGUAUCGCACUUUCAUUACUUCACGGACAUUUGCUAUAAAAUAUGAAACUCGACUGACCUCUCUAACUUAUCGAGCCAUGCUUGCCAUCGUUCUGCUGCUUGCUCUGCCAUUCUGCGCCGCAGAGUCAGCAUCCAGUUACGCCGGAUCAACCGUCGCGGAUUCUUAUCCUCCCCCCGGUGCCACCAACACUGCUGUUGACACUUACUUCCCGGAUGCAUCUCGAGUCGGUUAUGCAGGUCCAACGCCUACUGGUGCUGAACCUGCGGCCAUCGUCACUGCAGUCCCGUUCUCUAAGGUGGAAGACGUGUUUCCCUUGUCGAGGCCUAAUUCGGCAGACGGCGCGGACAUCACUUUUAAUGUGAUGCGUCAAUGGGGCAACUUUGCGCCCAUGUACUCCGUGGAGUCAUUUGGUCUUCCUGAUGCAUCCCCCGUCAUCCCAGAAGGGUGUGGCAUCAAUGCAGUGCAUCUCUUGAUGCGCCACGGCGCCCGUUAUCCAGCUUCCGACGAGCCCGGACCUUCUCAGUUCGCUUCUAAAAUUCAUGCUGCUGCAUCGAAAAAAGGUUUCAGUGCCACUGGUGAUUUGGAAUUCUUGGCAACCUGGACAUAUAAGCUGGGUGUAAAUAACUUGACCCCUUUCGGCCGUGAAUCGCUCUUUAGCAACGGGGUUGCCUUCCGCUACAGAUAUGGCAAGUUGCUUAAUGCCUUCACCGACCUCCCGGUAUUUCGUACUACUUCACAAGAUCGCAUGUUGGAUUCUGCCCUGAACUUUGCUGCAGGCUUUUUUGAGCUCAGAACCUACGAGACCGACUAUCACCAGGAGAUCAUCAUCGAGGGGAUCAACUUCAACAACACCCUCGCUCCUUUUCAAGUGUGCCCCAAUGCCAAUUCGGAUGAUAUUGGUAGCUUCGGUGACACUAAGGCUAGUAAAUGGGCGGAUAUUUAUCUCCAAGAUGCUCGAAAGCGCUUGCAACCAAUGAUCCAAGGACUUAAUUUGACUAUUGAUCUAUUGAUUGACAUGCAGGAACUAUGCGCCUUUGAGACCGUGGCCCUCGGAUAUUCCAAGUUUUGCGACCUUUUCACUGAGGAAGAAUGGGAAGGAUACGAGUAUUACGUCGAUCUCGAUUUCUGGUACAGCUGUGGACCAGGCAAUCCAACAGCAGCAGCGCAGGGCCUUGGCUACGUUCAGGAACUAGUGUCGCGUCUCACUCACACUCCCAUCAAUGUCUGGAACAGCAGCACCAACAGCACUCUUGACUCGAGCAACAUCACAUUCCCUCUUAAUCAACCCAUAUACGUGGAUUUUACCCACGACGUAGUCCUUGCAAGUGUCGUCACUGCUCUGAACUUUACUAGUCUAGCUGCAACCGGUCCUUUGCCAGCCGACCAUAUACCCCCUCACCGAUCUUACAUUUCUAGCCAGAUUGCACCUUUUUCCGGCCAGCUCGUGGCUCAGGUGCUAAGUUGCCCAGCUUCAGAGGAACCAACUCAUAUCCGGUUCCUCCUGAACGACGGUGUGGUGCCACUGACGGGCAUUCAUGGUUGCACGGAAGAUUCAAACGGACUCUGCGCGCUGCCCAGCUUCAUCAGCGGGAUGCAUGAACGAAUUGGACAGAUCGACUUUGCGCAUGAUUGCUUCGCCAAUUAUACCAUGCCUGAUCCCGACAGCAUCAUGGAUGGAAGAUGUCCUAGUUAAAAGGAUGGUGGAGUGUGGUCGUAUAAACCCACAAGUUGCCACCUUUUGGAGUGUGUUAAUGAUGUCGGAAAGAGGUAGACGACGCGCAUUUCGUACUUGACGAGCAGGUUUCGUUGUUACAUACAAGACCGCAUUUAUAUAUAGAGGGCACUGAUCAGGAUGAUGUAUACGCUGCCAAUACGUGCAGUACGGAGGUUCAUAUGGCAAUAUAUUUGCAUAUUUAUUAAUUAUUAUUUGCGCGCUACGCGUUUUCUCAAUCGAGAGCUUGCGC